CAGUGACUUCAGAAAGACUAAAAGGGUUUGGAUUCGAGGCUCUGAGCAAGUGCUAAUACAUGGGGUCUCUCUUUCAGAAAUUUCAACAGUUUGUGGCAACGCUUGCCAAAAGUCCAACAUUUGCGAAAGAGCCAAGACGGCUACAAUUUGAAGCUGACAUAAAUCGGCUCUUCUUAUAUACCAGCUAUAACCGUAUUGGCAAGGAUGCAGAAGAAGCAGAUGUAGAGGAGAUCAUUAACAUCGCAAGUACGGCUGCAUUAGUAGACCAAGAAAGGCAGGUCCAAGAAAACAUACAUACUCAAAUCACAAACUUCUGCAAGUCAAUGGAUCAGAUUCUACUUCCUGACUCAAGACCCCAUGAUGAAUCAUCUCAAAAGAAUACCUCUGCUCCUCGCCGUAGUGGACUUAGUCUUGCCGUUGGUACAAACGCUCCAACGAACACAAAUCCUGAUGUACCCGAGACAAAGCAGUUGACUUUUGCAGAGUCGUCCCAAAGGUUAAAGGAUCUCAUGGGCUACACCCUUGAGCUCAAACCCUCUAAAAUCCCCCAUGAACAAGCAGGACGAGGUUUAUUCAUAGACGGUGAAGCAGAUGUUGGUUCAGUGAUAGCAUUCUACCCAGGUGUGAUCUACUCUCCAGCUUAUUAUCGUUAUAUCCCUGGAUAUCCAAGGGUCGAUGCACAGAAUCCUUAUCUUAUCACUAGAUAUGAUGGGACAGUGAUCAACGCUCAAUCUUGGGGUGCUGGUGGUGAAACCAGGGAACCAUGGGGACAGUCUAGUGCUUAUCGGUCCAACCCUAGUGCACCACCUUCUGAGACUGGCUCUGACCGGGUUUGGAAGAUGUUAAGUAAGCCAUUAGAAGGGUCAAAGUUAGGGUCUAAUGGUGAGGUAUUGGAGAGAAGGAACCCGUUAGCUCUAGCUCAUUUUGCAAACCACCCAACACAGGGUAUGGAACCAAAUGUCAUGGUUUGCCCUUAUGAUUUCCCAUUGACCGAGAAGGGUAUGAGAGUUUAUAUACCAAAUAUAGCUUUUGGGGGUGUAGAAGAAGUUAAGAUGAAACGGUUUGGGAGCUUUUGGUUUAAAUCCGGAGGGGCAUCGAGUGAUGGUCUAACUGAAGGACCUAUUUUGAAAAGUCUUGCACUUGUGGCCACUAGGUCACUUUGUAAUGAAGAAAUUUACUUAAAUUAUAGAUUGAGCAAUUCAAAGAGGCGGCCUUCGUGGUAUACUCCUGUGGAUGAGGAAGAGGACCGAAGAAGAUGGAGCUAAGCAGAUCGUUGGGCGUUUUUGUAUUUUACUUGGUUUAAUAAAUUAUUAAGAAUCAGAAGUAGUAGUUUUGGUAUCAAAAUUGCAAGUAGAAGGAUCUUAUUUAGAACCUCAUAGCAAAACCUUAUUCAUUCAUUGUUCUAUGAUUUGCUAUAAUCAUACCCUUUGUGAUUUUGGUACUACAUCACAAAUAUUUAACCAUGUA